AUGAGUGCAAUGCAACUAUUUGCAGCAAAUAUCCUGCAAUUGUUUGUUUUUGCUGCAGCCACACUGACAACAGCUCCCUCCACUGUGGCCUGUCCUGAUGAGACUGUCACCUUCACCUGUACUCUGCCUGGUAACCUCAUACGAUGGAUGGUGUUUGCUGCAAUGGCUGCUCCACAAGGCCGGAUAGAGUUGUUCAGAAUCAAUUUGACUCCCAGCAACGAUAAUGAGAUACAAGGUGAUCCAGCAUUUCGUGGUGAUCUCACUAACUCCAGUGGAGGAAUGCUCACUGCCACUCUCACCUCACUGUCCAAGGCCUCCACAGUAGAAGGUACUGUGGUGGAGUGUGUGGGAGAGAGCUCACGAGAGGGUCCUCUUACCAUCACUGUGGCUGAUCCACCCUCCUCUCCACUGAACCCAACUGUAUCUUCCACUCAAAACCAACCCAAUAUCACUCUGGAGUGGGACCCUCCCUUUUCUACUGGUGGUGUGUCUGUCAGCUAUAUCCUCACCAUCUCCCCAACACCUCUCUACGGGUCAUCAGUUACCAUCGGGACCACCUCUGCACAGAUCACCAUCUCUUACAACACUCUUUACAAUGUAACCAUCAGAGCUGUCAACUGUGCUGGAAUGAAUGAAAGUCAAAUCGUGGAUCUGAUUGUGUGCCCCACACCAUCUACUGCUGCUGGUGUGACUAUCACCAACACACCUCCUGUCACUAUUGGUGGAUCCAUGCUCACCUUUACUUGCAGUGGAGACAAUGAAGUGAGGACCUCAACCUGUGGCAGUAGUGGGUGGUCUCCUGACCCUUGGACCUUCGACUGUGGCAGUCCUACAGUUACCUGUGGUUCUCCUGCUGCACCAUCCAGAGGCAGUGUGGACAUCAGUAGUGGAACACCACCCUUCUUACUAGGUUUACAGGUCAUCUACCGCUGUGACGAGGGACUGUUCCCACCUGAUGUGAAGACCAGCACAUGCACUGAUGUGGAGGGUAGGGGAGAGUGGGUGGAGAAUCCUGGGAGCUUGGUGUGCAGGGAGAGACCAGCCAACUGCUCUUUUCCUCUUGAGCUGUGCAAUGGUGCUAUAGUGGACUAUGAGAGGUUGAAUGAGACGGUGUUGGAGGGAACCAUGCUGACCUACCAGUGUGACAAUGGAUUCUCACUUACUGGGCCCAACACCAUCACUUGCACUAAUGCUGGAGUCUGGAGCACUGAGCCUGAGGCAAUCAAGUGUGUACUUAUGACUGAUUCAGAAGUUUCUACUGUCGCUCCCUUGUUCUCCACUUUUGCAACUGUCGCUAUCAGUGUGGUCAUCACUUUCAUUGUCACUCUAGUCAUUGGAUUCCUCACUGGAUUGCUGGUGAUGCAUCUUUUCUCUCGUAAGAAAGCAGUGUACUUCCCAGCAACAAAAGGACAAACUAGUGUAAGAAACACUGCACCAACUGGUCCUGUUUAUGAGGAGGUGUCACCUAAAGAGGAGAUGGAACUGAACACUAACCAGGCGUAUGGACCAGUAGGACUGUGAACCGUGCAUUUUGUUUUCCACCCAACAUUAGCUAGCUAUAUAAUUAUUUUAUAGUCAGCAUGCUCGUUUAAGUUAGAUUAGUACAAGUUUACGUUGUACAGUUUGAGUUACGUAUUAAUAGCACAAAUUAAUACAUCUGUUCA